AAAGGCGACGACACCUGCUGUCACUCUCCGGACUUGACCAAGCUUGACCAGCCGCCCGCCCCGAGCCAUGCUCUGCUCCCAGCUCCAGCUCCUGCUCGUGUCCCUGUGCACCUCCGCACUCCUGGGUGGGACCAGCGCCGCGCCACAGAGGGACGUCCUGGAGCAGCUGCUCAGAAACAACGGCCAUGGCAAGGACCCCGACCUCAGUGAGGAUGCAGCCGAGAUGCUACGGCUGAGGAUCCUGGCUGACCUAAUGUCCGAGGGGGAAGACGAAAACCUCCUCACGGACCGAGGUCCACAGGGCGGCCGCGACCAGGUGCUGCGGCAGCUCCCCAACUCCCAGCGGGAGCGCAAGGCGGGCUGCCGGAACUUCUACUGGAAGACUUUCACGUCCUGCUAGCCAAGGGACAGCAUGGAGAGCUACGCAGCUCCCAGUUCAAGAGGGGUGGGGUGGUGGGCAGGGGACAGAAUAAUUUGUUGGUAGAUUUAAGGUGAUUAAAUCUCACUGCUCCAUUCAUACUCAUACACUGAAUGUCACUGUCUGUCGCUAUUUACUCACAAGGUCACUUUUUAUGACUAUGCUGUACAUGUACCUGAUAACAUUAGUAUCACUAAAAGUGAGUUUGAACAAUUGCAAUGGUGAUAAAAUGCACAAAUGAGAGGUAUGAAUGUCAGUGUAAAUGAAGAUCUCUAGUCCCUUGAAAGAUGCCAGAUAUUUACUGGUAUGUUUGACCCUACUGGAUCCCACAGUAGUUGAUGUGGCGGCAAAAAGAGCUUAAAUCAUGGAAAAGACGACGGAGUUUGAAUGUAUUGCUUAGCUUUCGACCUAAGCACAAUGAAGUAUUGGGUUUGUGCAGCUGAAUGUGUGUGUGUUAGUUUGUGUAGGUGUGUUUGAGUCUUGGACUGUGAGAGGCCACUGACAGACACUUCUCACCAAUAUUUUCAUUAAAAGUCAAGUGUGUUUG